GUCAAGCGGCUGCGUGAACUUUGUGUUGUGCGGACUGGACUGAAGUGGAGUCUUUACGGACGGUGGAGAAGGAGAAAAACUUUAGCGUUAUAGUCACAACGGGAGAAUUCCGAUUUAGCAAUCUGAGUCAACCUAAAGGGGAGCAACGUUCACGUUACUGAGUGAUAACGUGAUCGAUUCGGUCACGGCGCUUUACGCUCGGCCGGCAACAACUGUUGUAGACGUUGGAACAAUCAUCGGUAUAGAGAAGCUAAAGUUCGCCACGGUUUUAUUCAGUAAUCGACAAUAUUUACGACAGCGAACAACAGCAGGAACAAAACUGGGGUGUGACUGACGAAUGCUGGUAUAAUCGAACACGAUGCUAGGAUUCAUUGCUGUUAGAAGUUCUGCUGAGUGAGUGCUACUAUAUACAAUCGAAUAUCUACGUUCUAUAUCGUAUAUCUACGCGCAUGGCACCACACCGGGGCCGGACGAUGUCCGUGGUGUCGCCUUGCGGACAACAACAUCACCGUCAAUUGUGAUACCGGUUGUCUACCCGGCGGGUACUAUACGUUGAAUUCCGUAACGGUAAUAACUUUCGGCGUUGGUGAUUGCUGAGGACCCAAUCGAUGAGAGUAGACUUCAGGGGUAAGAAAAAGAAAAAGGAAGCAACCGUGUCAAAUUCUCGAAGACGAACUGGACACUAAAUCUGUAAAGGAACAAAACGAAAUCGAGAUGCUGCUUGAUGAUUCGGGCAUGAUCCCUUCAGGGACAUUUGGAAAUCUUCGCUUUUUAGACUGGGGAUCUCAGGGGUCCCGAGUGUACUCGGCACUCGAAAACGGACGCGCAGUCGCAUUAAAAAUUGUUGACUUAGAACUUCCAUGGGAACUCGAAGAAGCUGAGAAAGAAGUGCGUAUUCUAUGCUCCCUGAAGCAUGCUCAUGUUGCGAGAAUUCUGCGCGUUUUUGUACAUGAUCACCAUCUUGUUCUCGUCCAGCGUCUGUGCUCAUCACUUUCAUUAUUCCGCUUGCUGGAAGGUGGUUUUCCCACUGGAUUGCCCGAACAUGCAGUAGCCUUCGCACUUCGCGAAUGUCUGAUUGGGCUGACGUACUUGCACAGCUGCGGACUUGUUCAUCGAGCACUCAGCGCGGCACACCUCCUCUGUGACGACCGGGGUCGCGUAUGCAUUACGGGUAUGAGGCACUGCAUUGCCGUAUCGGGUUAUCGCGGUGAGCGGUGCCAUGACUUUCCUUCACGACAUGCACUGCACAAUCUACCAUGGCUGGCGCCAGAAGUGCUAGCUCAAGAUUUACGCGGUUACGGACGAGCUGCAGAUCUAUAUAGCGUGGGGAUUUUAGCACUUGAGUUGGCCAACGGAAGAGCUCCAUUUGCCGGUUUACCACCCGAGAAAGCUCUCUUGUUUAAACUGCGCGAUAUCGUACCAUCGCUAAACGCUUCCAAGCGUUUCAAAGAGUCUUUUACAGAUUUCACCAACCGAUGUUUGAACUACGAUCCCGAUGCCAGACCGAACUGUGUUCAGCUUUCACGGCAUCCAUAUCUUAAACAAGUGAAACGGUAUUCGUCGCUGUGGCGGUUUAUUCCCCCACCGAAAGACAUCAAAAGUAUACAAGAGGCGAAACAGCAAAGUCCGGUACGAGAGGGUGAGCCGUUUUUAUUUUCGUCAGAAAAUAAUUCCACUGGCGACGGCGCCACUGCCGUUUCAACGAUCAAAUGGAGUUGGGAAGAAGAUGAGGCUAGCUAGCACACUAAAAUUGCAUUUAGGCGAAUGAAACAAAGUGUAUCAAAUAUAUCGAUUCGAAACAUAAAAAAAGAUGCAAAAAGCUGCAUCAAACAGAGAAUGACUCAAAUUACUUGCUUUAUAUGCAAUGUAUGACUGAAUAACGUGCAUCCUAUAGCUCUUGUAUGAGCACAGGAGAAUCUUUCAAAAAUGAAGGGGGCAGAGAAGGAACGUUAUAUGAAAGAAUCUUUGCCACUGGAAGUCCAAGUAGUUAAGAUUAACUGAACAAUAAUAUAAAUACAUAGGUGAAAACAACUCAGAAAAUAGAAUACAAACAUAAACUCCUGUAUGAGACCGUUGUAGAGAGUAGCACUGAAAAGAAUUUCCUGUAGGGGUAUAGAAGAAACGACCUCGACCGGAAAAUAGCACGAAAGAGAUACAUCGAUGUAGGAAUUUUGCAAUAUAAAUCCAGGAAGUUUCAAAUAAGAAAAUAGUUUCCAAACGUCAUGCGCUUGCAAAGCGAUGGGGCAAAUGCAGUGAUUGCAACAGCCACAAAGAAACUGGUUUAAAUGAAUGUUUGAUACUAUGGCUGGCGAUUACGAGUGGUCUUUACUUUGUUUGUGAUAUCAGUGUUUUCCAAAAUACAAUGAAGGUAUGUAUGAAUGAUGUGAAAAUACUCGGAUGAAGAGCGCUAUAUAAUAUACGAGCAAUUUAGCGGCAAAUACAUAUACGUAUGUGUUUGUCUACUAUUGCAUUUGGCGGCCACUGGUAAAAUGAAUGAUGCAGAAUAUAUUAUGAAACUACUAAUCCUAUGUAGAACUGAUCAUUAUUUAUGUGAGGAAAAUUAAUCAAGUUGAGUUAUAUGGGUUCAUCUUGACUAUCGCAAUUUCUUGUCAAUAUGGACAAGCACAAUUAAAAAAAAUAUAGAACUCGUCUUUUAUACAUUUUGUUAUAUAUAACAUUUGUUGCGUAGUAGAAUAUGCCUUUGUUUAGGAAAUAAUAUGUGUGAAAUCAUUUUUCUGUAACAAGCAGUGACUUUUAGUUAGGUAAAAACAAGCUCUAAAAAUUUUAUAAACAUAUUGUUGAAAACUAAUUGUGUUUAAAAAUAUGUUUUUAUAUUGUCUUGAUGCAAAAUGUUUGUUCUAGGGAGUUCUUUUUCUGAAGAUGAAUGUUAAGAAUCGGAGCUUAAGCGUCAAGUUUAAAACCAUCUUUGAAUACAGCUUAGUUGUAGAGAGUCGACACUUUCUUUGAACUGUAUGACUGACAUUUGUUGCUUUGGGGGCUUUUUUACAUUGGGUCAUUGGUUGGUAGUCGACAUAUGGACUCUAAAAUUGAGCGAGCUUUGAAUCUGAGUGAAGUAAAAAGAUCGACAAUAGUUCAAGGUUUUUUAGUAGAUAAGUGCUGUUUAACUCAUAAUAAUCCUACAAUGCACUACAGUACUUAAUUACUGAUGCAAUGCCUUUCGAUAGAUGGCCUUGAGUUUUAUAAUCAACGAUGUUGUAACCCAGUGUGGUCUCAUAUGUACCGCGUUCUUUUAAUGAAAUUCAAUAUUGCUACUGUGUAGAUUAUUUUGCAGAGCAAAUAAUAUAACUUUGCAAUGAUCGCAUAAGCAAUGUUCAAAAACCUCUUUAUAACAACAAGAGUUAAAAUUUUACUAUGACAUAAUGUUUGUUACUACAAUAUUGAAAAAUGUUAUAAACACAGUUUCGGUUUAGCUACUUUUUGGGCCCUUAAUUAGUGUUGACAAUGUGAACAUUUCAACAGGAAAGGAAAUCACAGUAGGGACAGAAAAAGACACACCCUGAGGUAUGUAUGUGGAACCUAAAGAGCGAUGACCUCACCCUUUACUUCGCAGUAGUGUAAAAAGACAGUCUCAAGUCGGAAGUUGUGAGGUAUUUCGCUCUGAGGGUCAACCAAGAAGGUAGUAUUGAGCCCAAAUACAACGAUUAAAGUAUCCUCGACGUGUCAGAGAAUCUUUUCUUCGAAGUUCAAUCAUCACACACAAAUUAUUAGCUCUGCGAAUAGUACAUCAGACACAUUCGGCCGGAAAUUCUACAUACCGCCAAAAUUGGUUCCUAAGCAUUUGGCGGUCCACACGUAAAAGCGUCUUUACUAUUUCGUGUCACAGUUUAGGAUAGAAAAAAACUACAUAAUGAGUUUUGAUGAUACUUAGCAUGGUGCUUCACCAAUUUUUCAAUUAAACGAGCAAACUGGUGUCGUUGUAUGUGUGUAUGAUUUUUUAUGCCAUUAUUGCAAUGAACUAUGUUGAACGGGUACUCGUGUAAUAAAUAAACCUGCGAAUA